AUGGUGUUUCAUUUCUUUCACAUUAUUACUUUUCUCAUGCUUGUGAUAGUGGCGACUAAUGCUGAAACAUUACCACCUCAACUUUACUGGAAGUCUGUACUCCCCAACUCUCCAAUGCCAAAAGCCAUCACUAAUUUGCUGCCCAACUCUCCAUUUCCAAAACCCAUCAUUAAUCUCUUACUACCUGGUGAAGAUCUUGGAGUCAAAAAGGACUACUCUGAUGGAGGUGAAGCUGAUGUAAAGUCCGUAGGAUUAUCUAAUUCACAGUUUUACAUACAUGCUGCAUCUGAGCAUGAUGUAAAUUCCAGAGAAUCACCCAAUGUAUUUCGUUACCAACAUGAUGCAUCUGAGCAUGAUGUAAAUUCCAGAGAAUCACCCAAUGUAUUUCGUUACCAACAUGAUGCAUCUGAGCAUGAUGUAAAUUCCAGAGAAUCACCCAAUGUAUUUCGUUACCAACAUGAUGCAUCUGAGCAUGAUGUAAAUUCCAGAGAAUCACCCAAUGUAUUUCGUUACCAACAUGAUGCAUCUGAGCAUGAUGUAAAUUCCAGAGAAUCACCCAAUGUAUUUCGUUACCAACAUGAUGCAUCUGAGCAUGAUGUAAAUUCCAGAGAAUCACCCAAUGUAUUUCGUUACCAACAUGAUGCAUCUGCGCAUGAUGUAAAUUCCAGAGAAUCACCCAAUGUAUUUCGUUACCAACAUGAUGCAUCUGAGCAUGAUGUAAAUUCCAGAGAAUCACCCAAUGUAUUUCGUUACCAACAUGAUGCAUCUGAGCAUGAUGUAAAUUCCAGAGAAUCACCCAAUGUAUUUCGUUACCAACAUGAUGCAUCUGAGCCUGAUGUAAAUUCUGGAGAAUCACUCAAUGCAUUUAAUUACAAACAUGUUGCAUCUGAGCCUGAUGUAAAUUCUAGAGAAUCAUCCAAUGCAUUUAGUUACAAACAUACUGCAUCUGAGCCUGAUGUAAAUUCUAGAGAAUCACCCAAUGCAUUUAAUUACAAACAUGCUGCAUCUGAUGAGACUCAAUUGCAUGAUAAACCAAAAGCGUUACUCUUCUUCUUUGAAAAGAACUUGCACGAUGGAACAAAAUCAAACUUGCAAUUCUUCAAGACCUCUUCAAGUAAUGUAGCAAAAUUCUUGCCUAAAGAAGUUGCUAAUUCAAUACCUUUUUCAUCAAACAAGGUCGAUUACAUACUCAACAAAAUGAACAUCAAAAAAGGGUCAAAAGGUGCUCGUAUUGUGAAGAACACAAUCAGUGAGUGUGAAGAGGAAGGCAUCAAAGGAGAGGAAAAGCUCUGUGUAACAUCAUUGGAGUCCAUGAUUGAUUUCGUUACUUCUAAACUUGGGAAAAAUGUUGAGGCUUUUUCAACAGAAAUGAAUAAAGAAAGUGAGAGUCCACAAUAUAAAAUGAUAGCACAAGGAGUGAAGAAGUUGGGGGAUAAGAACAAGGUUGUUGUGUGCCACAAAGUGAAUUACCCCUAUGCUGUGUUUUACUGUCACAAAACAGAAACAACUAAAGCUUACUCAGUGCCUUUGGAGGGUGUUGAUGGAAUCAGAGUUAAAGCUAUUGUUGUGUGUCACACCGAUACAUCACAAUGGAAUCCAAAGCAUUUGGCAUUUCAAGUCCUCAAAAUUAAACCCGGGAAUGUUCCGGUUUGCCACCUCCUACCUAAGGAUAAUGUUGUUUGGAUUUCCAAGUAG